AUCUAAAUGUAAUACGCGUCCCCAUUCAGACGGUGCUUCAUGUCUUCCUCCGCCAUCAACGCCUUUAAAUACCAACUCCCACCGUCGCCUCUUUCCAUCCCAACCCUGCUGUUCUCCAAGAAAUACAGCCUGUUUAUUGUGUUGUGUUGUGUAUUGUAAGACACCAUAUUAUUUAGGGUUUACUCAUUUCAGUUUGAACAAGUAAAACUCCUAAGAAAUGGGUGUGUUAUUCGAGGCCAAGGAGGAGCAAGAAAGGGCGGGAUUGUUGGAAGAUUUCAUACAAAAAGCCGGUGGAUGCGCCGUCAUCGACGGCGGCUUCGCCACACAACUAGAGAUUCAUGGCGCCUCCAUAAACGACCCUCUAUGGAGCGCACUUUGUUUAAUCAAUAGCCCUCAUCUCAUCUCCAAGGUCCACUUGGAAUAUCUGGAGGCUGGUGCUGAUAUAAUCGUAACUUCUUCAUAUCAGGCUACGCUUCCUGGGUUCAUGUCUAGAGGACUUUCCCUUGAACAAAGUGAAGAACUACUCGAAAAGAGUGUCAAGUUGGCUACCGAAGCCCGUGAUCUUUUCUGGGAAACUGUUGAAAAGAUUCGCGAUCAUUCAUAUAACAGAGCUCUAGUUGCAGCCUCCAUUGGAAGCUAUGGUGCAUAUCUUGCCGAUGGCUCAGAAUACAGUGGGUGUUAUGGAGCAGAUGUGGAUUUGAAUAAACUCAAAGAUUUUCAUCGUCGGAGACUGCAAGUUCUUGUUGAAGCUGGUCCUGAUCUUCUUGCUUUUGAAACGAUUCCCAAUAAGCUAGAAGCCCAAGCAGUUGCAGAAUUACUGGAAGAAGAAAACAUUGAAAUCCCAUCAUGGAUUUGUUUCAGUUCUGUCGAUGGUGUAAACGCUCCUUCAGGUGAGAGCUUUGCAGAGUGCCUUGAAGUUAUUAACAAGAGCAAAAAAAUCGUAGCUGUUGGGAUAAACUGUGCUCCACCUCAGUUUGUUCAUAAUCUCAUCCAUAAAUUCAAUGAGUUAACUGAGAAAGUGAUUGUGGUUUACCCAAAUAGUGGUGAGACAUGGGAUGGUGUUGCAAAAAGAUGGCUGCCAUCGAAGUGUUUCAAUGAUGAAAAGUUCAAGGUUUUAGCGAAAAGAUGGCAUGAUUCUGGAGCUAAACUCAUUGGUGGUUGUUGCAGAACUACACCAUCAACUAUCCGUGGGCUUUCAAAGGUUUUGAAAAAGACGAAUUGAAGAAAAGAAAUUAUAGGAUUAUAUUGUUUAAUCAAAGUAGCCAUUACUUAAAUGAAAGAAGAAAAGGGUAUUUAACUAUUUACUAUAAUUUAUAUGUUGUUCUUGAUUAUUUCUUUGUUCUUUGACUAUCAACAAACUAAUAUAAACAAGUUUAAAGUGUUUCCGUCU